CAACAUGGAAACCAUCCGUCUAUUCCCACCAAUGACAUUUUUAUGACGCAAAUAACAUGAACAAAAAUUUAAAAAAAUGCAUAAUAAAAAAUAAUUAAUAAUUAAUAAAUAAGAACUUUUUAUUAUUAUUAUUAUUAUAAAUAUAUUAUUUCUUUUCGUCUCCCGCUAAUUGCCGUUGGGAGGCUCUUCAUUUCAUAUAUGCAGAUGCAAAAUUCCGAUCCCUUUCACAUUCCGCAAUGCCUUCCUCCUCACUCCCCACAACCCCAUCUUCUCCGCCAUCGCCGCCUCUCAACGACAACUCCCACGCCGAGCGCCGCCUCCGCGAAGCCGAGGAUCGGCUCCGGGAAGCCAUCGAGGAGCUCCAGCGCCGACAGCGUAGAGCCGCCGCAUGUGGACCCCACCAGCACCCGCCUUGCCACCACGCCAACGACGAAUCCUGCGUCGCCAACGCCAUCGGCAAUCUCUGCCAGAGCUUCCUUCUCUCAUAUGGCGUACGUGUCGGCAUCGGCAUCCUACUCCGAGCUUUCAAGCUCGUUCGCAGACAGUCCUACUCUUCGCUCCUCGAUCUUAAGCAACUUGUCUCUGAGAAAGAUUUGAUUGUAAGAGAGGAAGCUUGCCGUAUUGGUUUACUUUUUGGUGGUUUUACUGGAUCUUAUCAUGGGCUAAGAUGCUUGUUGAGAAAGUUGAGAAAGAAAGAGACACCAUUUAAUACAAUUUUAGCAGGUUCAGUUUCUGGUUUGUCGAUUUUAGCAUUGGAUGAUUCAAACAGAAGGCGCACACUUGCUUUGUAUCUUUUAGCUCGGCUGGCCCAGUGUUCUUACAAUUCUGCUAAGUCUAAAAAUAAGUUUCACCUCUGGGGAAGCCAUUGGAGACAUGGAGAUUCUUUACUCUUUGCUUUUGCAUGUGCACAGGUUAUGUAUUCUUUUGUAAUGCGCCCUGAAAGCUUGCCUAAAUCAUAUCAAGAUUUUAUUCAAAAGACUGGGCCAGUUGCACAGCCAGUAUAUAAGGCUGUGAGGGAUUGUUGCAGAGGUUACCCGGUGGAUAUUGUCUCUCUCUCUGCCUUUUUAUCUGAGAGAAAGAAGUCCAACCAUGUAGAGUUGACAGAGUUUCCCUCCAUUAUUCCUUGUUCUAUUAUUCAUCCAGAUACAAAUUCUUGUUUAGCGCAUAAUGCUGAUGCAACAACAGCUACAUUCAGGAAAACGUUUCCCCUUUACUUCUCUUUGACAUUUGUACCAUUCGUUGUUCUUCACCUACAGAAGUUCAUGGAUGCCCCUGCUCGUACCUGUUGGCUUGCUGUUAAAGGUGCUGUUCGAUCAACGGCGUUUUUGUCUGCUUUUGUUGGAAUCUUUCAGGGUGUGAUAUGUUUGCAUAGAAAAGUUUCACCAAAAGACCACAAGCUUGUAUAUUGGAUCGCAGGUGGAAUAUCUGCCCUGUCAGUACUACUAGAGAAAAAGAGCAGACGUGGUGAACUUGCUCUUUAUGUUCUGCCACGAGCAGGUGAUUCUUUGUGGUAUAUCUUAGUUAAUCGCCACCUACUUCCUGAUAUUAAGAAUGCAGAGGUAUUCUUGUUUUGUUUGUGUAUGGGAGGAAUUAUGUAUUACUUGGAGUAUGAACCAGACACCAUGGCUCCAUUCCUCAGGGGCCUGAUUCGUCGUUUUCUUGCUAGUAGAAUUAGUAAUCCUGGCACUCCUUCAACUCGGACAGCUUCCUACACAUAUUUGCAAACCCUUGAUGCCAUAAAAAAACCAAAAAUGCAAGAGACUCCAGAUGCCAAAGCUUCACCGUCUGAGAAAUACAAUCUUGAGUCAAUACCAGGGCUGUAAGCCACAGGGCAGAAAAAAGGUCAAGUGGGACACAACCCAAUUACUUAAUUUAGAAAAGUUUUCCUACAGUUUCAAGGAAUGCAAUUCACUGAGCCAAUAAUUGUUAGUUUCUGCUCAUUCUUUUAUAUAUCAUUCAUGUAUAAAUUCGAACUUGAGAAUUUGAGGCACAUAUAAUAUUUGAAGAAGUAGAUUGAAGCUCAAUUAUUGAAGAGUUUGAAUUUUUCCUUA